AUGCUGCCGCCUGCCACCCCGUGCCAGGAUGCAACCGUUUUUGUCAGCAGCGCAGACUGCCGAGCUAUCGUCUUCCCAAACUUUGAAGAGGCGGCACGCGUUUGGAUCAAGGGAUGCAAGUUCUCAGUGGCAGAACUCCUUGGAAACUCUGCUGCGGCGGAGCCUUUCCUGCGGAAGUCAGGCUGUUCUGUGGCUGUUCUCCGCCUAGCACCACAGGAUUACCACCGCUUCCACUUUCCCUGCGGCCCGGGCCAGGUGUUGAGCCAGAAAUGUUUAUCCGGGGAGUAUUACUCAGUGAACCCUGUGGCCAUCAACAACUCCAGUGUGGACGUGCUCACUGAGAACUGUAGAUCUGUGAGCAUUUUGCAGCACGCUGGGUUUGGCCUGGUCGCCUUCGUAGCCGUGGGUGCAACUCUGGUGGGCUCUGUCGAACUUCUGCGAAAGGAAGGCUCAGAUUUCCGAAAAGGAGAUUGCUAUGGAUAUUUCCAGUAUGGAGGGUCCACAUGUGUCCUGUUGACGGAGCCAGGAGCUGUUCAGUGGGACAAGGACCUUCUGGAUGCCUCGGCGCGCGGACUCGAGACCUUUGUGCGGAUGGGAGAAAGGAUGGGCACGUGCGCAAACUGA